GAAGGACAAUUUAACAAAUGCUCCCGGGAGAGCAGCAAGACAGAACUAGCCAUCCUGAGAAGCCCAGACUUUGCAGGGGAAUCUGUUUUCUGCCAUGGGGAUCUAACAGCAAACCACAUGAGCAGUGACUUUCACAAGACCAGAAAAGACCCCAAAACAUACCCACGCGUUUGUUGGCAGGGAAGGGAACGGGUGGCGAUGGAUGGAUAGUUCCUGGGGAGCAGAGAGCCACUGAAGGCUAGAAGGGGGAGAGGGAGCUGCUCUGCUCUGAGGUUUAUCACUCCCCCACUCCCUUGUUUCGGGGGUUUUGGCCGCCGUUGCCCGGGCUCCAUCCACUGCUGCACCGCUUGGCUCCUGCGUCAAGCCAGGAGCUCGAGGCAGCCGCCCUGGCACUGGCUGUUCUCCUCUCCGUGGAGCUGCCCCGCGCGGGCUCCUGUGCUGCGAAUGAGCCCGGAAGGCGAGACUGGGGUAGGCUUUAAAUGGCAGGCGGCGGCAGCGGUCACCUAGAGUAGGAGGAGAGGAGCAGGAUUAGCGCGGGGGCAGCCGCCGCAGCAGCGGGACUGGGCAGCGCCUCUCUGCACCUGCAGGAGCAGCAGCCGAGCCGAGGGCUGCGCGUCUUCCAAGGCAAUGUUACUGUAGAAGAUUAGUCAGAUGCCUUCUGUACAUUCUCCACAUCACAUGCUGUCUCAUGCAAGCUUUGAAACACUGACCACAUAAUUUAAAUGAAUGAAUAAUUAGGUGAGCAUAAUGGAAGGCACUCAUACUAUCCUCCAAUUGCACAGGCCCAUUAUGGAACUCUGUUAUGUCAGCUUCUAUCUCUCAAAGGGAAAAGUCAGAGGAUUUACGUACAAGAGCUGUGUAACUCUAGACAAAUCCAAUAAACGUUUUCAUAACUGCUAUCAAGUAAGAGAAGGGUCAGAGACAGCAGAACCGAGAGAGCAACCUUAUGAAAAUGUUGGAGAUAUUUUUUUCAAGCAAACUACCACUAAAGAUAUUCUCACUGAGCUGUAUAAACUAACUGCUGAAAAAGAGAGGCUAUUAGCUAACCUACUCAGUUCACACAACAUUCUGGGUAUUAAAAUGGGAAAUCAGGAGGGGAAGCUACAGGAUGCCUCUGGAGGACUGAAAUUUAAAGAUGAUGAUCUCUUAAGCUUCAAGGAUCAGCAGGAAACCUUUUUGGGAUCCACAGAUCAGAAACCCAGCUUGAGAAACAAAAAGAUGAGGAAAACUGGCAGAAGGAGAGAGAGCUUGGAGGAGUUCAUAAACAAGAAAGUGAAAAAGAAGGUUCACGGCGAUUUGGAACCUUCUGUGUUAAACAGGACAGAUAUGCAACUGGGAAAUAAAAGGACAUUUCCCACCAAAUUUUCUGCUGGCAGCUCUCCUGGUUCCUUUUCCAAUUCUAAUUGGCAGACAGUAGAAGACCAGGAUGAUUUACCAUUUGACAUGAAUAUACCACCAGAAAGAUGGAGAAAAGAUGGGUAUUUUCUUGAGUGCAGUGGGACUUUGAAAUCAGAAACAGACCUGUCUGAUUCUCUAUCUGAAUAUGACAAUGAUGUGUAUGGAAGUUGUAUUACACAUCCCAGUGCUGGUCUGUUGGGUGAUGCAGAGGGUACUCUUAAAGUAAUGAAGGUGCAACACAGCAGCCCUUUGUUGAACUCUUUCCAAGACAGUUUAUCUAACAGAUUUGAGGCCUUAAACAAGACUGCAACAACUGAAAGCCUGCAUGGUUAUGAGUAUAUUGAGCAGACCUGCAGUAAGAAACCUACAGCCAGAGUUGUUGCUAAAGUACAGGAUUUGAGAGCAUGUAUGCAGAAAGUUAUAAAAACCCAUACAGAGUCUGAUGAUAACCUUUCUUACACUGAUACUCAAGAAGAUAAGGAAACUGUUACACCUGUUCUCUCUGAAGUGUGCAGGGAAUUUAUAACAAAAGCUGAGGUAUUUAGUAUAGGUGAAUCUGCUGUUGACUCUAAGUACACUGUGAUGCAGGAAAAGGAGCGCAAUGGCUGUGUUUUGCAGUGCAAAGAAGAGAGACUGCAGAUUACUGAUGAGUCAUGCAACCUUGUGGGAGCAGUCAAUAAAACCCUUCUGAAAAUUAUCCAGAACGACAGUUUAGAUGAAGCUGCAGAAUGGAAGAGACUACAACAAAUUACAAGAGCAGACAAAAACCUACCAGGCUCAAUGUAUGACAAAAGAGCUACCUUACCCCAGGAGAGCAACAAAGGUUUGUUUUUAAAUCUGCCAAUACAUUUAAGAACUGAUAUUUCUCAGACAAGCACUAACAUUAAACCAGAAGAGAAAAGGCCACUAUCACCCUCUUUAGUUGCUGUCUGUAAUGUUUUUAAUAAUUCAUAUUCAGGAUCCAAUGCACACAAACAAAUGUCACCUAUUCCUUCUCCUUUAUCUUCGAGAUUGCCUAGUCCACAGCUGCACCAUAGGAUUCUUCCACUACCUACACAGAACACUGAGGAAGAAUCUGUGUUGAAUGACUAUUGCAGUGGGAGACACGAUGCCACAAACCUCUCCUUUGCUAAUGAUUUGGAAUCACAGUUCUAUCUGAAGUUUCCUGAAUCUGGAGAAUUGGGAUUUUCUAUAAGACAACCAGGCCUACAUCAGCACACAACUGGAGAGCGUUUGGAAAAAUGCACUAUCCAAGAAAAACUAACUACUCAGACACAGCAGCAGCUAUGUCCAGGUAUUCCAGCAGAGACUGCUUUGAAGGAUGACUUCACUGAACAACCAACAAAUAUAGAUGUCACAAACAGAGAUGAAGAUGUCUGGGUUUUGGGUUGCAGGUUGGGACAAUCUGUGCCAUUUGCAGAUUAUAAUGAGCGAGAAAGAGUCGACAGAAAUAUAUUGCACCUGAGGCUGGACCUGAAUCCUGACCUGAAUCCCUCGGAGCAAGAUGACAAAACUCCAGGGAAACUCCAGGCUGUCUGGCCACCACCUGAAAUCAAUGAUGGAAAAGAAAAAGUGGGGUUGAAGUACACUGAAGCAGCUCACCUAAAACUUUACAAGGAGGGACCACCAGAGUACCAUGCUGCAAUUUUGCAAUUAAAGAGGGAAAACAAGGAAGAAGUUGAAAACUUAAAGUCUCAGUUUGAACUCCAGAUCUUUCAUAUUCGUGGAGAGCAUGCUGUAUCGAACACAAAGCUUGAGGAAACCAUUGCAAAUCUCAAGAAUGAACUGGAAAACAACUUAAAUAGAAGAAAUGAGGAAGCAAAGGACGUCUGUGUAUCCACUGAAGAUGAUAACCCACCAAAGACGUACAGAAAUGUAUAUAUACAAACUGACAGAGAAACCUUCAUAAAGCCUAGUAAAGAGGAAAAUAUACCAGUGAAGAAUAACCAAAUGGUACCUAAAAAGCUUAAUAUUUCUUCUUUAAAUCAUAGUAUUUCUGUCCCAAAUGGCAAUAAGGAACCAUGUCACUGUACACAGAUUUCAGAAAGUCUCGCAUCUUGUGAACAGAAACCAAUGUUAGUAUCUCUACCACCACCCCCACCACCUCCUCUUCCUGAACUUUCACUACCAGCUUUAGUUCCUCCACCACCUCCCUUGUUACCAGAUUUGGCAUCCACUCCAUUGACAUCCCAGUUUGGAUCUGGGCCACUGCCACUUCCUUCAGGUUGUGGGAAUCUUCCACCGCCGCCACUGCCGCCGCCACCACCACCACCACUCCCAGGUUUGGGGCCUCCUGGUCCACCUCCCCUGCCUGGCUCUGGGCCACCUCUACCGGGAAAUGGGCCUCCUCCUCCACCGCCACCUCCUGGGUUCUUUUUCAAUAGCACUCUGUCUUCAAACCAAGGUCCUCGAAAGCCUGCCAUUGAACCUAACUGUCCCAUGAAGCCUUUGUACUGGACUAGGAUACAAAUCAAAGACAGCAGCAAAACAUCUAUACCAACUUUAUGGGACUCAUUAGAAGAACCUGACAUAGUUGAUACUAGUGAAUUUGAAUAUUUAUUUUCCAAAGAUGCAGUUCAGGAAAAAAGAAAACGCUUAUCAGAGUCUUAUGAAAAGAAAACAAAGGCCAAAAAGAUUAUCAAACUGCUGGAUGGAAAGCGAUCUCAAACUGUAGGAAUUUUGAUAUCCAGUUUGCACCUGGAAAUGAGGGAUAUUCAACAAGCUACACUAAAUGUGGAUGACUCCAUAGUAGACCUGGAAACACUGGAAGCACUGUAUGAGAAUAGAGCGCAAAAGGAUGAACUGGAGAAAAUAAAGCAGUAUUAUGAGACUUCAAAGGAAGAGGAACUGAAGCUCUUGGACAAACCAGAACAAUUUUUGUAUGAGUUAUCCCAGAUCCCCAAUUUUGCAGAACGUGCCCAAUGUAUAAUCUUCCAAUCUGUUUUCUCUGAGGGGAUAACCUCAGUGCAUCGUAAAGUGGAUGUUAUUACUCGUGCUUCUAAGGAUUUGCUGGACAUGACAAGUGUGAAGGAAAUUUUAGGCUUGAUUUUGGCUUUUGGAAAUUAUAUGAAUGGGGGGAACAGGACACGAGGUCAAGCAGAUGGAUUUGGUUUGGAAAUUCUUCCCAAACUAAAGGAUGUCAAGAGCAGAGAUAAUGGUAUUAAUCUUGUGGAUUAUGUUGUCAUAUAUUACCUACGACACUUCGACAAGGAUGCAGGAACAGACAAGAGUAUUUUUCCUCUACCAGAACCACAAGAUUUCUUCCAGGCCUCCCAAGUUAAGUUUGAAGACCUAGUAAAAGACUUAAGAAAACUGAAGAGAGAUCUAGAAGCCUGUGAAAAGCAGAUGAGAGUCGUUUGCAAAGAAUCUUCAGAACAGCAUCUCCAGCCCUUCAAGGAUAAAUUGGAAGAGUUUUUUCAGAAAGCUAAAGAAGAACAUAAGACAGAAGAGAGCUCUUUGGAAAAUGCACAAAAAGGCUUUGAAGAAACAGUGGGAUUCUUUGGGAUAAAGCCAAAGUCUGGUGAGAAGGAGAUCACACCAAACUACGUUUUCACUGUGUGGUAUGAGUUCUGCAGCGACUUCAAGACCAUUUGGAAACGAGAGAAUAAAAACAUUUCCAAAGAAAGACUGAAAGAGGCUCAGAAAUUCGUAAGCAAGUUAACUGAAGAGAAAAAGGUUGAAACAAAGAAAAUCAAUCCCACGGCUAGUCUGAAAGAAAAACUACGUCAGAAGGAAGCCAGUGUGACCACUAACUGAAAGAAGACACAUGAAAAUAAUGACAGUGUGACUUAAUACCUUGCAUGAUGCUUUACUAUGCCCAUUCCCCAGGGAGCACCUUAUGUCAAUGUUAUGCAGUUCUGCUUUUCUCAUCUCUUUCUGAGACAAUCCACUAAAGACUUUCCAAUCCCUUAUAAAGAGUUUGCUCAUUCAGUAGAGGGAACACUAAGAAGCUGUUUACAGGGGAAUUAUGAAGGGUUUUAUAUAACUCUUCCUUACAUGGCUUAAAAUGCAAUUCUUUUCUAAAUGGUUAUUUAAAGUACUCUAUGCAUUGUGCACUAAUGCGGAAAAGAUAAAAACAGGAUUUUGGAUGUUGAAUUAAGUAACAGCUAAUAACCUGUAUAUUGCUUACUUUAGCUUCAUGUAGAUUACCACAGAGGUACAGUUCAACUCAUGAGAGGCUAUUCUAUCGUAAGCUUUUAGACCUCAGGACAACUGAGGGCAACUUUGAUUCUAAAUCAUUUUUGAUAGUCUAAAUAAGUAUUAAAUUCAUUUUGUUAAAACUGAUGCAAGUUUAUUAUAAUUAAUGUAUUCUGUAUUUUAUUACAAUUAUUUUUAUAGAAAACUCAGUCUAUGCCAUAUGCAUUGAAAUAGGAAUAAUAUUUUGCACAUGUGGAGAGAGAAAUAGCUUCAGAUUCUGUUGUCUUAUAAUAUGUAGAUGAUAUAACUGGCAAAUUAUUUUUAUGGUUUUGACUUGAUGUUUCUUAUGUGUUCUUCACUUUGCCUGAUUCAAAAAGACAAAGGACAGAAGCAUUUUUUUUUUCAAAUUAUCAAUGCCAUAAGAUAAUUUAUUUGUUAUCAUUCAUCUAACUAUAGUGCAUAACACAUCUCCAUUGAGUCAUAUAUUUACCGCUAAAGUUCUGGCUUUAAAUUCUAUUGAAGUUCAUAUUCUUUAACAAUAAGCACCUCACUAUAAAACAUACUAUACAACCUUCUCUUGUCUCCCCAUAUAUUUAUAUCUGUAUGUAUAACACAAACAUGUACUCUACAAUGUUAGAAUUUGAGGAGGAAGUAAGAGAAUCUUGCUGUCAUCUGGUCAUAAUAUAACCACUCCUUGUGAAAUGCCCUGCUGAGUGCCCUGAGCUCCACUGGUACUUUCAGGCACUCAUUACAUCACAGGAUCAGGUUCUUAGAAAGAGAGAUCCUUGCAGCAGACAAAGUUUCAAGGUAGAAUAAAAAUAGUGACUAUUAAAAAUAAAUAGAACUUUUGUUAUAGACAAACAAUAGACUGCAACUAAAAAAGCAACUAUUUAUGUUUCUCAUUUGGAGAGUUCUGAACAAAUACACCUCUACCACGAUAUAACGCUGUCCUCGGGAGCCAAAAAAUCUUACCGCGUUAUAGGUGAAACUGCGUUAUAUCGAACUUGCUUUGAUCCGCCGGAGUGUGCAGCCCCACCCCCCCGGAGCACUGCUUUACCGCGUUAUAUCCGAAUUCAUGUUAUAUCGGGUCGUGUUAUAUCGCGGUAGAGGUGUAAAGUUAAGGGAGGUAAGAUAGCCCUAUAUAUUUUGGAAUUUGUAGCUGCUGUUGAUAGACCUAAUAUGUGUAAAUAUGCUACCAAUGAAAAAUCAAUUAUAGAUCAAUGGAAGUAAAUAGAUUCAUGGGGAGGGGGUGCUCCCUCAGUUAGCAUGGAAAUUUGCGAGAACAUUCAAGCGCAAGUGAUAUGGUGGUACUAUUUUUCCAACUGAAGGAAAGCAAAUUCCAAAGAUCAAAAUUUUCUGUCUUCCAUCAAACCAAGCACAAACAUAGGUGAAAUGCAGCUACUUUGGCAAUCAGCAUUAACAACAUACAACAUAAGCAAUAGUGCUCAUACAAGCCAAAGAUUCAAGAACACCAGUAGGCAAGAGGAUUUUGAUGAGUCUCUAAGCAAACUACUGUUAUUGUUCUGUACCUGUCAAAAAACUCUGGAAUAUUGUAAUUAGAGCUGGAUGGGAAUUUUCUGACAAAACAUUUUUCAUCAGAAAAUGCAAAUUCAUCAAAACAGAAAAUCUUCUUGGGAAAAGAUUGCUUUCAACGGAUCUCCUGGUUUGAAAAAAUUUUGUGAAAAAAAGUUUUAUAAUUGUCAAAAUUUCCCAUUUAAACAUUUUUGAAAUUAAAUGUUUAAAUUUUGAGUUCAAAAUGACUUUUUGUUUAGAAAUAGUGGUUAAUUUAUACUUU